GGGGCUCGCUGGGCCACUCCGCGGCGGCUGGAGGCGCGCCUGGGCUGCUGCUGGCGGCAUCCUCCGGAGAGAAGUUAAUCAUGGCCUCAGCUUGGAUUGGCAAUCGAGGAACAGUCCGGGACACAGGAGGUUUCAAUGCGGCGAGAGAGGCUGAGAUCAUUUGGAAAGCCAUAAGAGGAGGUGAGGCGAGGACUACGAUCUUCAGCAUCCUGACAAGCAGGACGAAUGCUCAGCGGCAGCUGAUUGCAGGGUGUUUUAGGGAAGGUUCAGGAAAGGAUCUGAAAGACGUACUGAGGGAUGAGCUUUCAGGCGAUGUGAAGCACCUUAUGGUGGCUCUUGUCAUCCCUCCCGCGGUUUUUGAUGCUCAGCUGCUGUACAGAGCCUUAAAAGGUCCUGGGACCGAUGAGGAGAUGCUGAUCGAAGUCCUCGCUUCCAGGAACAACUGGCAAAUGAAGGAUAUCGUCCAGACAUAUUGCUCAAUUUACAACCGGAGCCUUCGCACCGACAUCAGCUCUGACACGUCUGGUAACUUCCGGAAAGCCCUGAUCAACCUGACGCAUAGCAGAAGAAGUGAAAGUCCAAUUGUGGAUGCACAUCUCGCCAAGAAUGAUGCGCAGGUCCUCUACAGCGCGGGUGAGAAGAAGUGGGGCACGGACGAAGACCGAUUCACAGAGAUUCUGUGCUUCAGCAGUUUGCAGCAGCUGAAAAAGACCUUUUCUGAAUACCAAAAACUCAGCGGGAUGACCAUAGAGGACACUAUAAAGAGGGAGACGUCGGGGCAAUAUAGGUAUCUGCUGUUGGCUAUUGUUAAAUGUGCGAGAAGCACUCCUGCGUUCUUUGCGGAAAAGCUACGCAGGGCUUUGAAGGGGGUUGGGACAGACGAAGCUACACUGAACCGAGUCAUGGUGUCCAGAUCAGAAAUUGACCUUUGGGACGUCCGAACUGAAUAUAAGAGGCUGUCUGGACAUUCCUUGUAUUCUGCUAUUCAAUCUGACACCUCUGGGGAUUACAGGACUGCAUUGCUCAGGAUUUGUGGAGGAGACGACUGAUGGGGGACAAACCUCAGGAGAAGUGCCGUAAAAUCGCCGGCCCCGCUCUCUUUGGAUUGCUUUCUUCAUUCGGCCUCGUGACCGGCAGAUGCUUCUCCUUGGAGCACAUCCCUUCCAGCAAUCAAUGACACUCAUUUCUCUGCACGCCGGGAGCUGGAGGGAAGACCCGCACUCAGAAUUUUUAUAGGCCAAAAUCUGCCCGCGCUGCAGAAAUCAUUGUCUCUUGCGAGGUUGCCAUCUGUUCGGAAGGAGUGAGAAAACAGAAAGAAAUUGAAAUCCUGGGUCUCUCAGUGAAGCUUGUAAAAAAAAAAAUCUAU